AUGACUGGUUCGAGUCCAAAGUUCGUCGAGCCUUCAGAUUUUGCCAGUGGGAAGCUCAGUGGGCGUAUCCUCAAUGCCUUCACCAACAUACCGUAUGAGAUUUAUAAAGAUAACGUUGAUAGUGACAAAUGGCAGAUUACAAAGCUUCACGGCAACUCUGCGUUGAUGUCUGCCUUAGAGCAUCUGGAUGACUCGAAAUGGGAGAACCAUCUGUUUGCGUGGACUGGUGAAUUGGUGAUCAAGAACAAGAACAGCGUCACCGACGAGGCGUAUUACUUGGACUCUGAUGAUAAGGACCACAUUGAGGAGCUGAUCAGCAACGAUCACAAGACUGCUAAUGUUCAUCCUAUUUGGCUGUUGAGAAGGGAUCAACAGAGAUGGAGACAGUACGCCGAGAAUGUGAUUUGGCCUGCGUUCCACUAUAUCAUGGGUACCCCUUCAGAUGGACGUGAAGAAUCUCAAUGGUGGUAUGACUAUGUCAAGUUCAACGAGGCAUAUGCUUCCAAGAUCGUUCAGAACUAUAAGGAGGGUGAUAUCAUUUGGAUCCAUGAUUACUAUUUGAUGCUAUUGCCACAACUGAUUAGAAUGCAAUUGCCUAAUGCAAUUGUAGGAUUUUUCAUGCAUUGUCCAUUCCCUUCGAGUGAAUACUUUAGGGCAUUGCCAAAGAGACAACAGCUGUUGGACGGUAUGCUAGGUGCAAACAAGAUUUCGUUCCAAAACUAUUCAUUUGCAAGACAUUUCUUGAGUUCUUGUAAGAGAAUUCUUGGUGCUGAAACUACACCUGAUUCUGUUGCAAUGUACGGUGAGACUAUUCAUAUAGAUGCUUUACCUGUGGGUAUCGACGUUGAUAAAAUUGAAAAGGAUUGCUUCAACAAGGAAAUCGACUUGAAGGUUAAGGCGAUUAGAGAAUUACACCACGGGAAGAAGAUUAUUGUUGGCAGAGACCGUUUAGAUACCGUCAGAGGUGUUGUACAGAAGUUGCAAGCAUUUGAAACGUUUUUGGAAAUGUAUCCAGAUUUGAGGGAUAAAGUCACACUUAUCCAAGUUUCUUCUCCAAACGUGCUACACUCCACAAAGGUUGAAACACAAGUUACAGAGCUGGUGUCAUCGAUCAACGGUAAAUUUGGUUCUUUGAACUCUACACCAGUGGAGCACUACCAGAUGAGAAUCCCCAAAGAGGAUUAUUUUGCACUGUUAAGAGUGGCAGACCUGUGUGUCAUUUCAUCGGUACGUGAUGGUAUGAACACCACGGCUUUGGAGUAUGUUGUUGCUCAAAAGUUCAACCAGUCGCCAUUGAUUCUGUCCGAAUUCAGUGGUGCAUCUGGUGUUCUCAAAGAUGCAAUCAUCGUUAAUCCAUGGGAUUCUGUGUCUGUAGCUAAGGCCAUUUAUGAUGGAUUGACUGCUGAUGCUGCGAAGAAGGACCACUGGGAAUCCAAGUUGAUCAAAUCUGUGACCCCAAUUGAGAAAUGGACAAGCGCUUUCCUUAAGGAUCUGAUUGAUGAAUCCGUCGGUGGACCGCAGAGAAACUUGACGUCUUCUUUGAAUCGUCCUUUACUCCUGGAACAUUACAAGCAGUCCGACAGAAGACUCUUCCUCUUUGAUUAUGAUGGUACUCUCACACCUAUUGUGAAUGAUCCAGCAGCUGCAAUCCCAUCAGCAAGACUCAUUGACAUAUUGGAGAAGUUAUCAGAGGAUCCUCGUAACCAAAUUUGGAUCAUUAGUGGCCGUGACCAGGCAUUCUUAGAGAGAUGGUUGGGUAAAAACCAUAAGCUGGGAUUGUCUGCUGAACAUGGUUGCUUUAUGAAGGAUAUUGGUUCAGAUUGGGUCAAUCUAGCCGCAAAGUUUGAUAUGUCAUGGCAAAGAAAAGUAGAAGAUAUUUACGUCAGAUAUACGGAUAAAACUCCAGGUUCGCACAUUGAGAAGAAAAAAGUUGCAUUGACAUGGCAUUAUAGACGUGCUGAUCCAGAGCUUGGAGAAUUCCAUGCUAAGCAAUUGAUGGAGGAGUUGCAAAGUACCAUUGCAACACAGUACGACGUUGAGGUGAUGAGUGGCAAGGCCAAUGUCGAAGUUCGUCCAAGGUUUUUGAACAAGGGUGAAAUUGUCAAACGUUUAGUCUUGACAAGACACGGUGCUGCCCAAGGUGAUGGGAACGUUGAUGAUCUACAUCACAAACAUGAGGAGCUACCAGAUUUCGUUGUGUGCAUUGGUGACGACUCUACAGAUGAGGAUAUGUUCAAGAAGUUGAUUGAAAUUGAACACAAUUGGGAAGCAGAUAUUAACGCACACAAGAAUGAAAGAUUCGACAGUUUUGGUAUCUAUCCGAUCAAAGUUGGACCGGCUUCAAAAGCCACUGCUGCUACAUCGCACUUGAACGACCCUGCUCAAGUCUUGGACACUUUGGGCUUACUCGUUGGUACUGUUUCCCUAUUUGAAACCGCUGGUACUAUUGAGUUGGACGACAGAGGUCAUGUUAAGAACAGUGAAUCAAGUCAACGUUCCGAGGCCGCAAUAGCUGCCAUCAAAUUGAAGAAGUCCAGUUCAGUGGCAAGUAAGAUGUCAUCAAGUAGUACUUGA